AAUUCCUCUCUUAACAAGAAAAGCACAAUCCCCACUUACAUAAAUCUCUCUUCACUCUUCACUCUUCCUCCUCGAUCACCAACUUCAAAUGUUCUAAGUGUUUUCAACCAAGAAAGGAAAUUUUUUUUCUUCAAUCAUGAGAGUAGGGCUUUGCUCUGUGCCUCAGGCUCUAACGGCCGAGGCUGGUGGCAUUGUGAAGCAAGCCGUGAGUUUCGCCAGGCGGCGAGGCCACGCGCAAGUCACGCCUCUGCAUGUUGCCAGCGCCAUGCUUGCUUCUCCUGCUGGUCUUCUUCGAAGAGCGUGUCUUCAAUCUCACUCUCACCCUCUUCAGUGCAAGGCGUUAGAGUUUUGCUUUAAUGUUGCUCUCAAUCGCCUCCCUGCCUCUACUUCAAGCCCUCUUUUGGGCCCUCACUCUCCUCGCCCUUCGCUUUCCAACGCACUCGUCGCCGCCUUCAAGCGUGCGCAGGCUUACCAACGCCGCGGCUCAAUAGAAAACCAGCAACAACCGAUCUUAGCUUUGAAAAUUGAGAUAGAACAGCUCAUUAUUUCCAUUUUAGACGACCCAAGUGUCAAUAGAGUCAUGAGAGAAGCUGGCUUUUCCAGCAGUCAAGUCAAAACCAAGGUAGAAGAAGAUGUUUCUUUAGAUAUUUGUUCUCAAAGUCCACCAGUCAGUAGUCUACAGUCUAAAGAAAACACUAGACUUCCUCAAAUUCUUGGUCCUAGCAUGUCCCAAUCCUUAUCUUUUUCUCAAUUUGGAGUCAUGAAACCCAUCAAACCUCUUCAAGAUGAAGCUAAAAAUGAUAAGGUGAUGACUGUUUUGUGCACAUUAGUUAACAAAAGAAGAAACACUGUGAUUGUGGGGGGUUGUUUAGCUACCACCGAGGGAAUAAUUAGAGGGAUUGUUGAGAAAUUCGAGAGAGGACAAGUUCCUGGGGAUUUAAGAUAUGCACGGUUCAUUAGUCUUCCACUUUUCUCUUUGAGGAAUUCCUCUAAGGAAGAGGUAGAACAGAAGCUGGUGGAGAUUAGGUGUCUGGUGAAAAGCUAUAUAGGUAGAGGGGUUGUUUUAUAUUUAGGUGAUCUCAAAUGGGUGGCCGAGUUUUGGUCAACUUACGGUGAACAAAGAAGAAACUAUUAUUCUUCUGUGGAGUUCAUAAUUAUGGAGCUUAAAAGAUUGGUGUGUGAAACCAGAGAAAGUGAAAGAGUUUGGCUUUUGGGGAUGGCAACUUUUCAGACUUACAUGAGAUGCAAAACAGGCCAUCCUUCUCUUGAAACAAUGUGGGAAUUCCAUCCUCUAACUAUUCAUGGUGGAAGCUUAAGUUUAAGUCUCAACCUUGAAAGUGAUUCUCCAAGAACAAAAACCCUUGAAGGUGGAGUUGAUAAUUAUCAUUUCAAUUCAGGUUUCAACAGGGAAGCUCAAAAGAAAGACUCAACCUUGCCUUCAUGGCUCCAGCAAUACAAAGAAGAAAGCAGAAAAAAUGCCAUUAUUGAUCAGGAAUGUGUUGACAGUCCAGUGCCAAAACGUGCAAAGUAUUCUGAGAAAGUCCUUGAUUUCUCUUCCUCUUCGCCCUCUUCCGUUUCAAUCUCUUCAUGGCCCCUCUUUUCCAAGCCCAAACGGGUGCCAAAAGAGCACCAGUUCUGGGUAUCUGAAACCAGCGAAGAAGGCUACGAAAGCAGCUUAAGAAACCACCCAAAACCAGACCUUUUAUCCAAUCCCAACUCCAGCCCAAACUCAGCUUCUUCAAGCGAGCUUGUGGUUGAGGAAGAUAACGAUGUCCUCAACAUGUUCAAAGUUCUCAACGAUGCAAACUUGAAGAUCCUUUGCGAUGCGUUGGAGAGAAAAAUUCCAUGGCAGAAAGAAAUAGUUCAGGAAAUCGCAACUACCAUUCUUCAAUGCAGGUCGAAACAAAACAGCUCGAAAGAGUGUUGCAGAGACGAUAAAGAAGACACUUGGCUGUUGUUUUCGGGAGCUGAUUCUCAGGCCAAAGAAAAGGUCGCCAGGGAGAUAGCUAAACUUGUUUUCGGGUCUCAAAACAAAUUCACUUCAAUUGGGCUGAGCAAUUUCUCCUCUUCAAGAACUCAAAAUUGCAACUAUUUGGAGAGAUUCGGGUUGGCAUUGAAUGAGAAUCCUCAUCGUGUGUUCUUCAUGGAGGAUAUCGAACAAGUUGACGAAUUCUCUCAGAAGGGUUUAAAGGAAGCGAUUGAAAGUGGAAACAUAACUCUUCCUGGCGGUGAAAUUUUUCCUCUGAAAGACGCCAUUAUCAUUUUCAGUUGCCAUAACGUGAAGAUCAUGAGUACUUCAUCGUCGAAAGCGAGUUCCUCUCCAAUUAGAAAGCCAAAGGAUGAUCACCAAGAUUACGAGGACAACGAUACCAAUAAUUUGAAGGAGAAGAAAAGCUCAAGUAUCUCAUUGGACUUAAACAUUGCCAUUAACGUCGAAGACGAAGAUCACAAUAAUGAAGCAACGGGUGACAUAGUUAGACUUGUGGAGUCUCUGGAUAGGCAAAUCAUAUUCAAAAUUCAAGAACUGUGAUAAUUUCUUCAUCAUUGUCCAUGUUUUUUUAAUUCUGUGGGGAUUUUUUUUUUAAUUUUUUUGGAUUGUAGAACAGUAGAAGUGUGGGGAGGGGGUAAAAGAAUUAAUGCAAAACUAACAGGAGGCGAAAAAGACAUUGGUAUACUAAAACAAAAUGCAUGAUUCAUGGUGGGGGGUUACAGUAAGUUUAGCUUUUUAUGUCGAUGUUCAGCAAUGUGUAUAUUUAAUCAGUGUAAUGUAACUUUGAUGUUCCUGUAAACCCUAGAAUCUCAUCCAAAGUUAAGGUACAACCAGCAACAGCAGUACAACAAAA